AUGGAAAUCCUAUUGCUGCUGUUGUUUCUGAUGUGCUGCUGCUGUUCAGGAGGAAUUCACGCGGCCUCUUCCCCUACCGAUUCUAGAGACGCGGCAGUACUACGAGCUCUAAAAGAACAAUGGCAAAACACACCACCAAGUUGGGAGAAGUCAGACGAUCCUUGUGGAGCACAGUGGGAAGGAGUUACCUGCACAAAUUCCAGGGUCACCGCCUUGGGAUUAUCAACUAUGGGACUCAAAGGUACACUAAGUAGUGGCGACAUUGGGCAACUCACUGAAUUAAUAUCCCUAGAUCUUUCAUUCAACAGAGGCCUCACGGGUACUCUCUCCCCACAAUUAGGAAAUCUCCAAAGGCUGAACAUUCUGAUCCUAGCUGGUUGCAGCUUCACUGGCACUAUCCCAAAAGAAUUAGGCAAUUUAGGAGAGUUGUCUUUCUUGGCUCUGAACUCGAACAAUUUUAGUGGUAGUAUACCUCCAUUGUUAGGCAAUCUUUCCAAACUUUACUGGCUGGACCUGGCAGAUAAUCAACUGACAGGACCUCUUCCUGUUUCAAACUCUACCACCCCAGGCUUGGACCUCCUCUUAAAGGCAAAGCACUUCCAUUUCAACAAGAACCAAUUAUCUGGUCCUAUUCCGCCCAAACUUUUCAGCUCAGAGAUGGUUUUGAUCCAUUUACUAUUUGAUGGAAACCAACUAAGUGGGAGGAUCCCAUCUACAUUAGGACUUGUUCAAACACUUGAGAAUCUUCGGCUUGAUAGGAAUUCUCUAAUAGGACCAGUCCCAUCCAACCUCAACAACCUCUCAAGCAUCAAUGAACUGAAUUUAGCACAUAAUCAACUGACAGGCCCAGUGCCUGACCUAACUGGAAUGGACUCCCUCAAUUACGUGGACUUGAGCAAUAACUCAUUUGACCAAUCAGAAGCUCCAAGUUGGUUCUCAACCGUACAAUCUCUCACCACUCUUGUUAUGGAAUAUGGAACACUUCAAGGAAAAGUGCCACAAAAGCUUUUCAGCUUUCCGGAACUACAAGAAGUAAAACUUAGGAACAAUGCAUUGAAUAACACUUUGGACAUGGGAGACAGCAUUAGCCAGCAACUGCAGCUUGUCGAUUUGCAAAACAACCACAUUUCCUCUGUAACACUGAACUCUGCAUAUAGAAAUACUCUAAUGCUAAUGGGUAACCCGGUCUGCACUACUGGUCUCUCAAAUACAAACUAUUGCCAACUUCAGGAACAAACAAAAAAGCCCUAUUCGACCAGCCUAGCUAAUUGUGGCACCAAAUCAUGUCCCUCUGAUGAAGGGCUAAGUCCUCAGAGUUGUGAGUGUGCCUAUCCAUAUGAAGGGACAUUGUAUUUCAGAGCGCCUUCCUUUCGAGAUUUGUCCAACGUCACUAAAUUUCAUGCAUUGGAAAUGAGCCUGUGGAUCAAGCUUGGCCUCACCCCUGGUUCAGUCUCUCUUCAGAACCCCUUCUUCAAUAUGGAUGACUAUCUUCAGGUGCAAUUAGAACUUUUUCCGUCUGUCGGAAAAUAUUUUAAUCGGUCAGAAAUACAGAGGAUUGGAUUUUAUCUGAGCAAUCAAACAUAUAAGCCUCCUCACGAGUUUGGACCUUACUAUUUCAUUGCAUCUCCUUAUGCUUUCUCAGUUGAGCUUGGAGGAGCUUCUUUAAGCUUAGGUGCAAUUGUCGGAAUAGCAACUGGUUGUGGUGUUCUCAUCCUCAUACUCAUGGGUGUUGGAAUCUAUGCUAUUCAACAAAAAUGGCGUGCUGAGAGAGCCGUUGAGUUGAGUAAACCUUUCGCAUCUUGGGGACCAAGUGGUGAAGAUAGUGGUGAUCCUCCACAAUUGAAAGGGGCCAGAUGGUUUUCAUAUGAUGAACUCAAAAAGUGCACCAACAAUUUUUCUGAAAGCAAUGAAAUUGGAUUUGGGGGCUAUGGCAAGGUUUAUAGAGGGAUGCUCUCAAGUGGACUUGUGGUGGCAAUCAAAAGAGCUCAACAAGGAUCAAUGCAGGGUGGGCUUGAAUUCAAGACUGAAAUCGAGUUGCUUUCUCGGGUUCAUCAUAAAAACCUUGUGGGACUUGUUGGAUUUUGUUUUGAGCAAGGAGAACAAUUGCUGGUUUAUGAAUUUAUGCCUAAUGGGACACUUAGAGACAGCUUGUCUGGGAAAUCAGGCAUUCUCUUGGAUUGGAAACGAAGACUUUGCAUUGCUCUUGGCUCAGCUAGAGGAUUAGCUUAUCUCCAUGACUUGGCUAAUCCUCCUAUAAUUCAUAGAGAUGUCAAGUCUACUAAUAUUCUAUUGGAUGAAAAUUUAACUGCAAAGGUUGCGGAUUUUGGCCUAUCAAAACUAGUAUCAGAUAGUGGCAAGGGGCACAUUUCUACUCAAGUUAAAGGCACGUUGGGUUAUCUAGAUCCUGAGUAUUACAUGACUCAACAAUUGACAGAGAAGAGCGAUGUUUACAGCUUUGGCAUAGUGAUGCUUGAAUUGGUUACUUCCAAGCAACCAAUAGAGAAGGGGAAGUAUAUUGUCCGUGAGGUGCAAAUAGCUAUGGAUAAAAAUGACAAAGAAUACUAUGGCUUAGAGAGGAUAUUGGAUCCAAGAAUUAGAAAUCUGCAAAAUCCCAUAGGUUUUGUGAGAUUUGUGGAUUUGGCCCUGCAAUGUGUAGAAGAAUCAGCUGAAGACCGUCCGACAAUGAGUGAUGUUGUGAAGGAGAUUGAAAGCAUAUUACAACAAGAUGGGGAGAUCACAAAUUCAAACUCAGCAUCCUCAUCUGCUACAGAAUUUGGAACUACAAAGGGUAAAACUCGACAUCCCUAUGAUGAUGCUUUGCCGAAGAAGGAUGUAAACAACAGUGAUGCCUUUGACUACAGUGGUGGAUACAUGCUCUCUGCUAAAGUUGAACCUAAGUAGAACACUGUUUCUUUGAUUUUUUUUUCUUGAAUUUCCCUAAUUUCUUAUUGUAUGUUUCUAUAUCUAACACCCUAUUAUUUUGUUUUUUCCUUUCCCUCCCCACUCUUUUUCCCAUGAUCUUGUGAGGGAAGAGGGUCAACGAUUCAUUCCUAGUUGAUGGAGGUUGAUUUUUGCUACAAGAAUCCAAGAUUUGGCUAACAUAGAAAGCUGCCAUAUUCAA